AUGUUUACAUCACUGACUCCAAAGGGUAAGCUGCUUCGAAAUUCCAAAAGAUAUAUACAUUCAGUAAAGACAUCGAAUAUUUCAUCGGUCCCAGAUUUCACCAAAUAUUCCCCAACGAGACCAAUCAAUGAGGAAUUAACACCGUACAUCUAUGAAACAUUACAAGGUUAUCGAUCUGAAUCACGAUACGUUAACCCACAGCAUUAUUAUCAUAAUGAUACUGUUCUUAUAAAGGACUAUUUACAAAAAUCACCUCAUGCAGUCUCAUUGACUCAAUUAGCUCAAUAUUAUGACGAUUCUACGACAUUAACUAAACAUAAGAUUAUAAAUUCCGGAAGAUUCGUAAAAGAGGAAUUAGCUAUCAGGAUGGCUCAUAAGAUCCAUAAGUUACAAAAAUUGCCUUUUAAUGUAGUUAAUAAUUUCCAUCUUGCCCAAGUUUAUGAAUCAUAUUAUAAUAUUUUUGAAAGAUUUAGAAAAUAUCCUCGGAUUAAAACUAUUGAUGAUAAUUAUAAGUUUUGUGAAUUUAUCAAACGGAUCUUGCAAGAUUUUAAUUCUUUAAAUCUACCUCAUUUAGUUAUGGGUGCUCUGGAGUGUAACGUCUUGGACUUAUUGCCGAGAGAAGAGAUUGAUAGUUUGCUAUCCAGUUUACUGAGAGCAAGGAUUUCAAGGAGAUUGAUUGUGGAGGAACAUUUAAGUAUAACUGCCAAUUAUUUGAGUGGUAAGAAGGAAAAUACGUUAGUGUUGGGUGAUAUCUUCCAAGAAUGUGUUGCCAUGGAUUACUUGAUAAGAGCAAGUAAAAUAUCCGAGAAGUUUGUUCAAGAUAUGUAUUUUGAUUCUAUUCCUUUACCCAAAUUAAUCGUUGAAGGUGAUACAAAAUUGAAGUUUUAUUUCUUACCAACUCAUUUAGAAUAUAUCUUGGGUGAGAUCUUACGAAAUAUUUAUGAGGCAACAAUCAAAGAUUAUAUCAGGAAAGGAAUAGAUAAACCUGAACCGAUAGUGGUUACUAUUGUUAAGACUGAAGAUUCAUUUUUAUUCCGGUUUGCAGAUAAAGCGGGUGGUAUUUUACAUCAUGAUGAAAAUAUUUGGUCCUUUGGUAAAUCAAAGGAAAGAUCUAUUGAAUCAUUAGAGAAUUUCCAUAAAUUACCUGGAUUGCAAACUGUUGCCAUAUAUGAUCAUUUAUAUCAAUCGUCGUCGUCUUCGUCGCCAUCAUCGUUGAAAGCUUUUAAAGUCGACGGGAAUGAUCAAAUGACAAGGACCAAUGCAGCAAAUAGACCAUAUUUACAUACAUCUUUGGAAGCAAUGGGCCAUCCUAAUUUGACGAAAGGUGCUUAUAAAUUUGAAAUGCCACUCAUUGAAAUGUUGGAACGUGCUCCACGAUAUAAACUUGGUAUUGGUCUGGCCAUGUGUAAGACCUACGCGGAAUAUUGGAAUGGUGAUUUGACAUUGAACUCUAUACCGGGAUAUGGAACUGAUACAACUUUAAAGUUAGGAAAUUUAAUGGCGCAUACGAACAAAUUACAAUUAGAUAAAGUAUAG